GAGAACAGGGAAGACCGAGGAAGGGACAUUUAGUUUGAGACGGUGCUUGGGUAAGAUAAAGAUGGAAGAGGUGAAGGGAAUUCCUGUAAGAGUGGCUCUGCGUUGUCGCCCUCUGGUCCCCAAAGAGAUUAGCGAGGGCUGCCAGAUGUGCCUUUCCUUCGUGCCCGGGGAGCCUCAGGUGGUGGUUGGUACUGACAAAUCCUUUACCUACGAUUUUGUGUUUGACCCCUCUACUGAACAGGAAGAAGUCUUCAAUACAGCAGUAGCACCACUCAUAAAAGGCAUAUUUAAAGGAUAUAAUGCAACUGUCCUGGCCUAUGGGCAGACUGGGUCUGGAAAAACCUAUUCGAUGGGAGGUGCAUACACUGCAGAACAAGAAAAUGAGCCAACAGUUGGGGUCAUUCCUAGGGUAAUACAACUACUCUUCAAAGAAGUUGAUAAAAGGAGUGACUUUGAAUUUACUCUGAAAGUGUCUUACUUGGAGAUUUAUAAUGAAGAAAUUUUGGAUCUUCUAUGCCCGUCUCGUGAGAAAACCCCUCAAAUAAAUAUACGGGAGGAUCCUAAGGAAGGCAUAAAGAUUGUAGGACUCACUGAGAAGACGGUAUUAGUUGCCCUGGAUACUGUUUCCUGUUUGGAGCAGGGCAACAACUGUAGGACCGUGGCCUCCACAGCUAUGAAUUCUCAGUCAUCCAGAUCUCAUGCCAUCUUUACAAUCUCUAUAGAACAAAGAAAGAAAAAUGACAAAAAUAGUAGUUUUCGCUCCAAGCUACAUCUUGUAGACCUUGCUGGAUCAGAAAGGCAGAAGAAAACCAAGGCUGAAGGGGAUCGUCUAAGAGAGGGUAUUAAUAUUAAUCGAGGCCUACUGUGCUUGGGUAAUGUAAUCAGUGCUCUUGGAGAUGACAAAAAGGGUGGCUUUGUGCCGUAUAGAGAUUCCAAGUUGACUCGACUGCUUCAAGAUUCUCUAGGAGGGAAUAGCCAUACUCUUAUGAUAGCCUGUGUGAGUCCCGCUGACUCCAAUCUAGAGGAAACAUUAAAUACCCUUCGCUAUGCUGACAGAGCAAGAAAAAUCAAGAACAAACCUAUUGUUAAUAUUGAUCCCCAGACAGCUGAACUUAAUCAUCUAAAGCAACAGGUACAACAGCUACAGGUCUUAUUGCUACAAGCCCAUGGAGGUACCCUGCCUGGAUCUAUGAAUGUGGAGCCAUCAGAGAAUCUACAAUCCCUGAUGGAGAAGAAUCAGGCCCUGGUAGAGGAGAAUGAAAAAUUAAGUCGUGGUCUGAGCGAAGCAGCUGGUCAGACUGCCCAGAUGUUGGAGAGAAUCAUUUUGACAGAGCAAGCGAAUGAAAAAAUGAAUGCCAAGCUAGAAGAGCUCAGGCAGCAUGCAGCCUGCAAACUAGAUCUUCAAAAGCUAGCAGAGACUUUGGAAGACCAAGAAUUAAAGGAAAAUGUAGAGAUUAUUUGUAACCUGCAGCAAUUGAUUACCCAGUUAUCGGAUGAAACCGUUGCUUGCCUGGCUACGGCCAUUGAUACUGUGGUGGAACCAGAAACUCAAUUGGAAACCAGUCUAGAGACCAGCAGCAGGUCUUCUGAUGCUUUCACCACUCAGCAUGCUCUCCGUCAAGCCCAGAUGUCUAAGGAGUUGAUUGAGUUGAAUAAAGCCCUUGCACUGAAAGAGGCCUUAGCUAGGAAAAUGACUCAGAAUGACAGCCAACUACAGCCCAUUCAGUUCCAAUACCAGGAUAACAUUAAAAAUCUAGAACUAGACGUCAUUAAUCUUCAAAAAGAAAAGGAAGAAUUGGUUCUUGAACUUCAGACUGCAAAAAAGGAUGUCAACCAAGCUAAGUUGAGUGAGCGCCGCCGCAAACGUCUCCAGGAGCUAGAGGGUCAAAUAGCUGAUCUGAAGAAGAAACUGAAUGAACAGUCCAAACUUCUAAAACUGAAGGAAUCCACAGAGUAUACUGUCUCCAAACUGAACCAGGAGAUACGGACGAUGAAAAUCCAACGGGUACAGUUAAUGCGUCAGAUGAAAGAGGAUGCUGAGAAGUUUAGACAAUGGAAGCAACAAAAAGACAAAGAAGUAAUGCAGUUAAAAGAACGAGACCGUAAGAGGCAAUAUGAGCUGCUCAAACUUGAAAGAAACUUCCAGAAACAAUCCAAUGUGCUCAGACGUAAAACUGAGGAGGCUGCAGCCGCCAACAAGCGUCUCAAGGAUGCUCUUCAAAAACAACGAGAGGUAGCUGAUAAGCGGAAAGAGACUCAGAGCCGUGGAAUGGAAGGCACUACAGCUCGAGUGAAGAAUUGGCUUGGAAAUGAAAUUGAGGUUAUGGUCAGUACUGAAGAAGCCAAACGCCACCUGAAUGACCUUCUUGAAGAUAGAAAAAUCCUGGCUCAGGAUGUGGCUCAACUCAAAGAAAAAAAAGAAUCUGGGGAGAAUCCACCUCUUAAACUCCGGAGGCGCACAUUCUCUCUUGCCGAAGUGCAUGGUCAAGUUUCAAAUUCAGACGAUUCUAUUACCAAGCAGAUUGAAAGCCUGGAGACUGAAAUGGAACUCAGGAGUGCUCAGAUUGCUGACCUACAGCAGAAGCUGCUGGAUGCAGAAAGUGAAGACAGGACAAAACAACGGUGGGAGAAUAUUGCUACCAUUCUAGAAGCCAAGUGUGCUCUGAAAUAUUUAAUUGGAGAGCUGGUCUCCUCCAAAAUACAGGUCAGUAAGCUUGAAAGCAGCCUGAAACAGAGCAAGGCUAGCUGUGCUGACAUGCAGAAGAUGCUGUUUGAGGAACGAAAUCAUUUUGCUGAGAUAGAGACAGAGUUACAAGCUGAACUGGUCAGAGUGGAACAACAGCACCAAGAGAAGGUGCUGUACCUUCUCAGUCAACUGCAACAAAGCCAAAUGGCAGAGAAACAGCUAGAGGAGUCAGUCAGCGAAAAAGAACAGCAGCUGUUGAACACACUCAAGUGUCAGGAUGAAGAACUUGAGAAGAUGCGAGAAGUGUGUGAGCAAAAUCAGCAGCUUCUCCAAGAGAAUGAAAUUAUUAGACAGAAAUUGACCCUCCUCCAAGUAGCCAGAAGACAGAAACAUCUUCCUAAGGAUAACCUUGUAUCUCCAGACUCUUCUUUUGAAUAUAUCCCACCUAAGCCAAAACCUUCUCGUGUUAAAGAAAAGUUCCUGGAGCAAAGUAUGAAUAUUGAGGAUCUAAAAUAUUGCUUAGAGCAUUCUGUGAAUGAACAUGAAGAUGGUGAUGGUGAUAAUGGAGAUGAUGAGGAAUGGAAGCCAACAAAAUUUAAGGUGUCUAGGAAGAACAUCCAAGGGUGUUCCUGCAAGGGCUGGUGUGGGAACAAGCAGUGUGGGUGCCGGAAGCAAAAGUCAGACUGUGGCAUGGACUGCACCUGUGACCCAGCAAAAUGUCGGAAUCGCCAACAAGCCAAGGAUAGCUUGGGCACUGUUGAGUGGACCCAAGGCUCUGAUUCUGAAGGCUCCUUCAAACUGGAGGAUCCCACAGAGGGAACCCCAGGAUUGAGCUUCUUCAAGCCCGUCUGUACCACUCCCAACAGCAAGAUCCUGAAAGAGAUGUGUGAUGUAAAACAGGUGCUGCUAAAGAAGAGUUCCCCAGUUCUCUCCUCCUUUGACCUCCCAGAGUUGAAACAUAUAACAACAGAUUCCCAAGAAAAUAAGGCUCCAGGGAAAAAAAAGAAACGAGCUCUAGCCAGCAAUACCAGCUUCUUCUCUGGCUACUCCCCUAUUGAGGAAGAGGCCCACUGAAGUUGAACUCAUCAUCUCUAUCCCCAGGUUGGCUUGGAAGAUGCUUUCAAGUUGCAACCAGAGGGGUUUUUAAUGACUCUUUGGAUUUCAGAUUUCGUGCUAUUGAAAAAAGCACAGAAUAUUAUGGAAAGGAAGGUAACCUUUAUUGGAUAUCGGCCCUCAGUCUUCAGCCCCAGAUUACUAUUCUCCUCCAGAAGUGUGCUAAGCUACCUACUGAAGAGACAACCAGCUGACCUUCCUAAUGACUCAUCAGGAACCAGUCUCCAGUACAAUCUGGUUCUUUCCUAUUUGUGAGAAGUUAAGGCUGCCUCCUGAUGGGGGUGUAGCCACGGCUUUUUUAUCUCUAGGUUGUCUCUGCUUAAUGGAGAAAGCUGGUCUAGGAGGCCUUGUUCAGCUCUUUCACCUCAACUCCGGAAUGGGGUUGGGAUCUUUCCUGCUCUACCCCUUUCUGGAUAUUAAGUGUUUUAAUAGUACAUUCAAUUGUUUGCCAUGUUACUGAAGUAAAUGAAUUAUUGUUAUAUGUUAAAUAAGUAAAUAAACAUUAGCCCUUCUAC